AUGAAUACACAAGAUUCUUCCGCCCUCCUUUCCUCCUCUGUCGCUUCACUCCGGUCCUCUCUCAGCACCUUAGACAACAGUAUCUCCAUUCUCGAUUCUGGGAUUUCGGAUUUUCCACGACUAAAAUUUGUCCUCGGUACUAUUAGGCACUUCGAACUAACCCCCUCCACAACCCUCCACGCCGCCCAACGUUCCCUCGCCGAAGAACUCGAACCCGCCAUCGAAACUCUGCUCUUGCGCUCCGAAUCCCUCAUUUCGCGACUCCAACGAAAAGAAGAACAGCUGAUCGCACGCUCCCAAUUACUCUCCGGGCGUCUCGAAUCGGCCACCUCUUCCACCUCAAAUCUGACAUCCAAAGCUGCGAAAUUGAGCCGGAAAAAGAGUUGGGAAUUGGGCUUGAAUAAAAAUGCGAAUGGGGGUGGAAAUGAGGAGAAGGCAAUGAAGCUGAAGCUGCUGAGACAGAAGAAAGAGAGAUUGGGAUACGCAGUUGAGAGACUUGGGUUGCAGAGUCAGCAGAGACAGAGACAGUUGAGGAUGAGUGUUGCGCCGCCUUCUUUCGAUGAAUGA